AUCCAACACGUGCUGCCGGCUGUUUGGUACGGUACUGUGGGCGCCUGAAAAAUAAAUAUUUUCGUUCAUUAUUUUGCAUUUACUUGGACCAGCACGAAGACAAUUUUUGAUAAUGGCGCGUGGAAAGAAACAGAAUCCCUUUGCGGCCCGAAAACGUCAAAAGCGCGAAAACGGUCCACAACGCCCCGAUCGGCGUUCCGAGCCCUACGAGGAGACCAAACGCGACAAUGUCUCAUUCAUCAAGUACUAUCACCUGCAGAAGAUUUGCCACACCGAGGAGGAAUGGACGCAGUUCCUCGAAUCCAUUCGCGACAAUCUGCCAACCACGUUUCGUGUGACGGGCUUUAAGGGCGAGGCGAAGGCCCUGCUGAACAUCAUUGAGACGCAGCUCUUCACCGAGUAUGUGCGCGCGGUUGCGGAACUGCAUCAAAAGCCGCCAGAGCAAGUGGAGCGACCCCUGUGCCUGCCCUGGUAUCCCAACGGCUUGGCCUAUCAGCUGCACCUCACGCGCAAGGAUAUACGACGCUCGGAGCCGCUUUGCCGACUGCACAACUUUCUCAUUGUGGAGACAACGGCCGGUAGUAUAAGUCGUCAGGAGGCCGUCUCUAUGAUCCCGCCCAUUGUGCUGGACGUGAAGCCCACGGACAAGGUCCUGGACAUGUGUGCCGCGCCCGGCUCCAAGACGGCCCAGCUCAUCGAAGCACUGCACGCCUCGCCCGAGGAGCACAAGAUCCCGCCCGGCUUUGUCCUGGCCAACGAUGUCGACAAUAAUCGCUGCUACAUGCUGGUUCACCAGGCCAAGCGUCUGAACUCGCCCUGCCUGCUGGUGACCAACCACGACAGCAGCAUCUUCCCGAACCUGCUGCAGAGCAGCGAGGACGGUGCCAAGGCCGUUCUCAAGUUCGACAAGAUCCUCUGUGAUGUGCCCUGCUCCGGGGACGGUACGCUGCGCAAGAAUCCCGACAUCUGGACCAAGUGGAACCUGGCCCAGGCGUACAACCUGCAUGGGAUACAGUACCGCAUUGUGCGUCGCGGUGCCGAGAUGCUCGAGGUGGGUGGCCGCCUGGUCUACUCCACCUGCUCCCUCAACCCAAUUGAGAACGAGGCCGUGCUGCAGCGCAUUCUCAAGGAUGCCGAUGGGGCGCUCGAGCUGGUGGAUGCCGGCCACCUGGUGCCCGGUCUGAAGUACAAUCCUGGCAUGACAGACUGGAAACUGGCCACCAAAGAGGUGGACGCUGUGUACACAAGCUUCGACGAGGUACCGGAGAGCCUGCACACCAUCAUCCGUCCAGCCAUGUUCCCGCUGCCCGCCGAGGACAUGGCCAAGAUUAACCUGAACAAGUGCAUGCGGAUACUGCCGCAUCUGCAGGACACCGGCGGCUUCUUUGUGGCCGUCAUCGUGAAGCGGCGCCAGCUCAGCUUCGAGAAGAACGAUGUGCAGGACUUGCUGGAAAAGCCAGCAAAAGCCGCCGACGAAGAGCCCCAACUCGACGAGUCCGGCAAGCCCAUCGAGGCGAAGAACGUGCCGUGGGGACCACAGCGGAAGCGACGACGACUCCAUGGCUACAAGGAGGAUCCGUAUGUGUUCUUUGGCGACGAAGAUGCCGACUACAAUGCCAUCAAGGAGUUCUACCAGCUGGACGAGUCGCUCAGCAAGCGCUGUCUCCUCACCCGUUGCGUCACCGCGAAGAAAAAGAACAUCUAUUACUGCUCGGAGCCCAUCCGGAAGCUGGUGGUGGGCAACGAGCACAACAUCAAGAUAAUCAACACCGGUGUAAAGACCUUUGUCCGCUGCGAGAACCGCCACACGGUCCAUCCAUAUCGGCUGGCCCAGGAGGGCCUGCAGACCUCGAACGCUUUCAUGGGCAGCAGUCGUCGCAUUGAGGUGCAUCGCGACGAUCUGGUCCUGCUGCUCAACUGCACCGAUCCCACGAAACCGCCCUCGACCCACGAACUGAAGCAGGCUACCCAGGACCGAUGCAGCGAGCUUGGCGUGGGCAGCUGCAUCCUGAAGUACGUGGACGAACAGUUCACCCUGUUCGUGGUUGGAUGGCGCGGCACCUCUAGCCUGCGGGCCUAUGUCGAUCGCGACGAGACCAUUCACAUCCUCCGUCUGCUCGGCGCCGAUCUCAGCAAGUUUGAGGUCAACAAAUACGAGGAGGCCAAGAAGGCGGCCGCAGCAGCAGCAGCCGCUGCCGCUGAAGCCACAGAAACCAAUUCUGGUGCAGAGAAUGGGGCUAAUGGGGCAGUGGUAGGUGAGGCGGCCCCAGUUGCAGCACCCACACCUAUGGAAGCUGACGAACCGGCAACGGAGAGUUAAUGAAAGUUAUAAUCUCUUUGAAAAUUCAUUAAAUUUGACUCUCCACGCCUC